AUGCCUUUCCACUUUCUGGAACUCAGUGCAGAGUUGCGAAACCGUAUCUAUCACUUCGCUGCGAUCUCCGACAGGCCUAUUCUUGUCAGUUGUACCAGAAACAAUGAAGCUACCAACGAGUCCGCUGGAGGAACCUUCGCCGGCCUCACACGUGUUUGUCACCAAAUUCGCCACGAAUACCGCCCUAUUCAACGUCAGGAGGCCAGAAUUGGAGUUGACUUGGAGGAGGUGAACACUUAUUUGGAGACCUUCCACGACGAUCCUAGAGAUCUUACUUCUGAGCCUCAGCAUCUCCUCAUCACACUGAAACCCAUGCUGGUGAGAUUGGAAGAUGUUGGAAGUGCCGGUAUUGAUCUACUCCCUCUUCUAAGGUUUCUUGGAGGUUGGUUACAAACAAGAUGCAACUCCAUGGUCAGGUCGUGGCAUUCUCCCAUUUGUUUGCCGCAUGGAGUGAAUUGGGAUCACGUCGUUGAGGGUGCAUGCGACGAGUGCGGGGACUUGAAUCGGCUACUUGACAACGACAACUCCACCUGGCUCAGGCAUAUACAGGAUGGAAGAUUUGACAGGAUCACUGUUCGACGACAGAGCCACUUCGGUCUAUCUAUCGUGAUUGCCUGUAACCUGAACAAAAUACCGGACGACAUUUUCGAGAUGCUUAUGACAGGGCCAAAGUGGAUAGCGUACAACGAUUAUCUAACUCGACUCGGGAUCUACGAGCGAUUUUCGGAUAUCUCAAUGCGGCUUGAAGACGACGACUUCCCGCAGUGGUUUACCAAUCAUUGA